GGAUGGCGAGCCAACAGGCGGAAAGUCUGGAUCGGUCCACUUCCUUUCUCUGGACGUCGGACAGUCUGAAGAAGAAAGCCCAACUGUAGGUCAAAUACGAACUACAUUUAAAUGCAAUUCAUGAGGUAUUAAAUAGUCGUAGGCAGUAAUUCUGGGGGGAUAAAGAGUGUAGGUGACGAAACGAGGCGACAGGACGCUGGAGGCGCACGCACGCGUGAGGACAGAAGUUACACGCUUUCUGUGAAGAACCUAAUGACCCGCGCAAAGUCUUAAAGUUAAGCGGAAUCUUUACCGAAAUACGUAAACUUGAAGAAUAAGAUGACGACUGAGAAAGAGCUGGUGAUAGACAACAUCGAAACAGAUGCAAUGGCCACUCCUUCUCCAGCCAAAAGUAUGGGCGACCCAGGCAUCACGCCACUCUCCCCCACGCAUGUACUGAAGGACUCAGAAGAGAAUGAGCCUACGAAACACCACUACGUGGUGGUGGUGGCCAUCGACUUUGGCACCACCUCCAGUGGCUACGCAUAUGCCUUCACUAAAGAACCGGAGUGCAUUCACACCAUGAGGCGUUGGGAGGGCGGAGACCCAGGUGUGUCCAAUCAAAAGACGCCAACCACCAUUCUGCUGACCCCAGACAAGAAGUUCCAUAGUUUUGGUUAUGCGGCUCGGGAUUUUUACCACGACCUGGAUCCCACUGAAUCUAAACAAUGGCUCUACUUGGAAAAGUUUAAAAUGAAACUGCACACAACUGCUAAUCUGUCCAUCGAUACAGAUUUGCAUGCGGCCAAUGGGAAAAAGGUGAAGGCUCUUGAUAUAUUCGCAUACGCUCUGGCCUUUUUCAAGGAGCAGGCUCUUAAGGAGCUGAGUGACCAGGCAGGGGCAGAUUUUGAUAAUGGCGAUGUGAGAUGGGUCAUCACUGUACCAGCUAUCUGGAAGAUGCCGGCCAAGCAGUUUAUGAGAGAAGCAGCAUAUAAGGCUGGUCUAGUUCAUCGUGACAACCCAGAUCAGCUGAUCAUUGCUCUGGAACCCGAGGCAGCAUCCAUUUACUGCCGCAAGCUCCGCCUCCAUCAGAUGGUUGAUUUGGACUCCAAAACAGCUUUGAACGGUUAUAACCCAACAGAGAAUGUUGGGGCAGGAAUGGCCCAGGCCAAGGAGCAUGUGCGCCGUAACCGACAGAGCCGCACGUUUCUGGUGGAGAAUGUCAUAGGAGAGCUCUGGUCUGAACUCACAGAAGGUGACCGUUAUGUGGUCGUGGAUUGUGGAGGUGGGACGGUGGAUCUGACGGUGCAUCAGAUACGGCUUCCUGAGGGACACUUAAAGGAGCUUUAUAAAGCCUCAGGAGGGCCAUACGGCUCUAUCGGGAUCGAUUAUGAAUUUGAGCAGCUCCUGUGUAAGAUAUUCGGGCAGGAUUUCAUUGACCAGUUUAAGAUCAAGCGUCCAGCUGCCUGGGUGGAUCUGAUGAUCGCGUUUGAGUCUCGGAAGAGGGCAGCAACUCCUGACCGAAGCAAUCCACUCAACAUCAACCUGCCUUUCUCUUUCAUCGACUACUACAAAAAGUUCAGAGGACACAGCGUAGAGCAUGCACUGAGGAAAAGCAAUGUGGACUUUGUGAAGUGGUCAUCACAGGGCAUGUUGAGGAUGAGUCCGGAUGCUAUGAACGCACUGUUCAAACCAACUAUAGACCACAUUAUACAGCACCUAACCGAGUUAUUUGACAGGCCAGAGGUGACCGACAUUAAGUUCCUGUUCCUGGUGGGCGGAUUUGCCGAAUCUCCUCUGCUGCAGCAGGCGGUUCAGAACAUGCUUCAGGGGCGGAGCCGAAUUAUUAUUCCCCAUGACGUGGGCUUAACCAUUCUCAAGGGUGCGGUGUUGUUCGGCCUUGAUCCCAGCGUUAUAAAGGUGCGACGCUCUCCGCUUACUUACGGUGUGGGCGUCCUAAACCGAUUCGUGGAGGGGAAGCACCCACCCGAGAAGAUGCUCGUGAAGGACGGAACACGCUGGUGCACCGACGUCUUCGAUACGUUCAUCUCUGCAGAUCAGUCCGUGGCGCUCGGCGAAACGGUCAAACGCAGCUACACGCCGGCAAAGCCGUCGCAACAGGUGAUCGUCAUCCACGUAUACUGCUCGGAAAGAGAGUCGGUCAGUUUUAUCACCGACCCCGGUGUGAGGAAGUGCGGUACGCUGAAGCUGGAUGUGAGCGGUACCGAGAGUCCAGUGGCAAGAAGAGAGAUCCAGACCCUUAUGCAGUUUGGAGACACUGAGAUAAGAGCUAUGGCUGUCGAUGUGGCAACCUCUCGCACCGUCAAAGCUAGCAUCGACUUCCUUAGUCAAUAGUAUUACUACAUGAUAGAAGAGAGAAAUACAAAUAGGGAGAGAAAUGAAGGUCGUAGGUUUGGAGUCUCAACUAAUACAUCGUUUAAAAGUUGAUUUAAUAGUUGUGCCUUUCAUGUUUUUAGUUUGUUUUGUCCUUAUACUGUACACAACUUGUACUCAGCUUUCUUAUAUCAUAGAGAGAGGAAGUCUUGACUGUACAUUCACUUAAAUUCAUAUGCUUUGAUUAUAUGUCUGCUUGUAGUAUCCUAUUGGCUGUUUUAUGCACAUAGAGAUGAACAUUUGCAUGGUUAGAGCCAAAACAGCAGCGAGUUGCUUCUUGUGCUAGUUCAGCGCCAUGUAUUAACUUAGGAAGUCAGCAUAGCUCUAAGUUCAGGUUAUGGCAGCUACAUCGCUCUUACAUACAGAAGACAUCAUGGCUGAAAUCUAAUGAAAUGUACUGCUUUGCUUUGGUCUCUUAUCUUUAAAGCAGAUUAGUUCAGUGAUUCAGCCAGGUUCUUGUGUUUAUCAUCUCAGAAAUGUAAGGUUUUUGGAAAGGAGAGAGCAGUACAAGUCCCAUGAACUGAUCAAACUUGAGGUACACUGCAAACCAUUUUUCUAAGCAGUAUUUUGUUACCAGUUUAAUAUAUAUGCAUUCUUUGUACAACAUUAAUUAACUUUAUGUAUGAUAAGGAUUGUUUAAAGAGACUUUAUUUUAGGUCAAGUUGUUUUUACUCCACCAUGUAACAGAAAUAGCCAUCAUCGUCUUUUCUUUAUCGUGAUGUAUAUCCAAGUGAAACAUCUUCUGAAUGAGAAAAAAAAUGUAGAGCGGGACUUGAUUUCGUCGAUAGAACCAUGUUGCUAAUUGCAAAUUAGGCAGAAACCAGUUUCCAAUAGCCCCGCCUUCCUGUCAUUCCUCAUGACAGGAAGUAAAGAGAGGUUGUUUUGAGGAGGGGAGGAGGUAAAGGUUUUUGAUUUAAAGAUUAAAGGAUUAGUCCAUUUAAAAAAAGAGACUUUACUCACCACCAUGUCAUCCAAAAUGUUGAAGUCUUUCUUUGUUCAGUCGAGAAGAAAUUAUUUUUGAAAAAAACAUUCCAGGAUUUUUCAAAUUUUAAUGGACCCCAAAACUUAACAGUUUUAAUGCAGUCUAAAAUAGCAGUUUCAAAGGACUCUAAACGAUACCAAACGAGGCAUAAGGGUCUUAUCUAACGAAACGAUUGUCAUUUUUGGCAAAAAAAUGCCAGCAUGACCUCACGUAAUACAUCAUCACAUCAAGAGGUCACGGAUGAUGUAUGCGAAACUACGCCCCAGUGUUUACAAGUGUGGAGUAAGAGGACCGUUCUGACUUUGUUGUAUGUCGAAUGAUACUAAUUAAUGUCUUUGUGUCAGUUUAUUGUUCAAAAAUGGUCCGCAAAUGUGCGUUUCAUAUAUUUAACACGUGACCUUUCGACAUCAUUACGCAAUUUUUCUUUUUCUUGCCAAAAAUAACAAUCACUUCUUUAGAUAAGACCCUUAUGCCUCGUUUGGGAUCAUUUAGAGUCCUUUGAAACUGCAAUUUUAAACUGCAUUAAACUGUUAAGUGUUGGUGUCUAUUAAAGUCCAUUAAAAUGGGAAAAAUCCUGGAAUGUUUUCCUUAAAAAACAUAAUUUCUUCUUGACUGAACAAAGAAAGACAUCAACAUUUUGGAUGACAUGGUGGUGAGUAAAUUUUCUGGAUUUUUAUUUUAAAUAGACUAAUCCUUUAAGGGCACAUGGAUUUAAUAAUAAUAAAGCACACAGAUAAGUAAUUUAUAAAAUAAAUUCAUUUAUACAAUAUAUCAUAAAAAUCGUAAAUCAAGUUACUUACUAAUUGGUUAUCCCAUUUUAAUGGACUUUAAUAGACCCUAACACUUAACAGUUUUAAUGCAGUUUAAAGUUGCAGUUUCUACGCAGUUUCAAAGGACUCUAAACAAUCCAAAACGUGGCAUAAGGGUCUUAUCUAACGAAUUGAUUGUUAUUUUUGGCAAGAAAAAGAAAAAUUGCAUAAUGACAUCGAAAGGUCACGUGUUAAAUAUAUGAAACGCACAUUUGCUGACCAUUUUUGUGAUUAAAUAAUUUGUUAAUGGACUAAGAAAAGUACAUAAGUUAAGAUAUAUUCUUUGAAAACAAGUCUUAAAAUCUAUUGUAGUAUGUUUAGAUGUUUUUACUAAAAAACGAGACACAAUACUGUUUAGGAAAAUGUUGGUUUGCAGGAUGUUUAUCCCUAAAGGUGCUAAUGCCUGUGACAAAUCCUUUAAGUUUGUCACCUAGUGCUACAGGACUAUAACUUUUAUGGUAUGCUUUCACAUUGUAUGGCUCAUCAUCUUAACUGUUAUGUUUUUUUAUGCUUCUUUUUGUGCAUGUAAGGCACAUAUUAUGAGUUCAGGACUGUUACAUUACCUUCAUUUGGCAUGCUUGUCAACAAAGAGAGCAGGAAAAUGUUUAACAGACAGCGAUUAAGGGUGGCAUUUCUUUUCCAUAUUCAUAUUUCAAAUCUUUUCAUAAAGUCGGUCAGUAUCUUGCUCUAUGCUAAAUGAGAACGCAUAAAUCCUAGAAUGUGAAUUGUAGCUGCACCUGCAACAUGUUUUAAAAUGAUAGCCAUCGCUAUAUGCUAGUUGCCUUUAUUCCUGCUUUUUAGAAAGGGAAGCCACUGAUCUUUUACUUUUGUUUUUUUUUAUUUAGGGAAUUAUCAUGAAGAAUAUGAAAAUGUUUAUUUCUGUAUAUACAGUAUUUAAAGAUAUUGUACAGAUUUUUAGCGUUGUUUUAGCAUUUGCGCCUUCGUAGGCUGUGUGUGUAUGCAGGACACAUUUUUUUUACACUCACCAGCCUUCAUAUGAAUCUUAAUUUUACCCAAAUCUAAACCUAACCAAAACAUUCCCACACAAAACCCUAAUAAAGACCUUUUAGUUAUUCUAUUCCUGAUUAUUGCCAUAACCAGAGUAAAACCUUUAAUCUUUAUUUUAACGCCAGUCUGAACUUUGUUAAAGCAAAACAAAUUCAUUUGUAAUGCCGUGAAAUCCAAUACAUAUAUAUUCCAGAUUCCCAAUUCCUUAGGUCCAAUUUCCUUAUUCCAAAUCAAAUUCAAAUAGUUGAGCGAUUGUGUGAGGCACUGUUUACACCUGAUAUUAAGAUGCGUUUUGGUCGAUUGGAUCACAAUGAAUCAGCGCUAAAUACAGGUGUAAACAGGGUGUGAAAAGUUUUGCGCUUGUCCAUUUUAGUGGAAAACUAAUUUGACCCGAUUGCUUUUGUGGUGUGAACGCUCAUGUGGUCGCGCAGCCACAAAAGACUGGCUCCUCUCUGCCCGCUGACCUACUUGCAAUGUACAAAGCACAAUGUUUUUCAUCAGUCUUGACUUCUAGCAUAAACCCACAGUGUUUGGCACGGUCAUUAUUAAAACAAAAGGGUCUGCUCGCCGCCUCUUUCGUUUCGGUUUCAUUUUGUGUGUUAAAGUUGCACUGAAAUAUCUAAGAAGCCCUUACAUAUACAUGUACAAAAUGUUGUGCAGCAGACAUAAUGUUAGUGUGCAUCAAUUAAUUAACCCAUCAUUUCUUAAUAACUCGCCCAUAGACCAACCCCUUGGAAGUAAUCAGGACAGAAAUGGUGGAAAGUGGGCAAAAGAGAUGAAUUAAUACACCAGGUGUACAAACAUGCAUCUCUCUCAUCCACUUGUGCUCCGAUCAGCCAAUUCGCAUCUUACCAGUUGUAAAUAUGCUCUGAGUUGCCUUUGUUGCUGUUUUGACUUGAAAACCUUAGACCUUACUGGUGUUCAUCAUUUGAAUAGAGCUAAAAGGUGUAACAUUUAUGCAAGUUUUGGUUUUGAAAGAUGAUGAAAGUGUGAGGUUUGCGUGUGCUUACAUCUCAUACAUUAGAUGAUACACUACCACAUAUUAAAGGCAAUAGCUUUAUGUGGUUUGAACUACAUUCAUAAUGAUUCAGCAAUAAAGAUAUUGCAAUGUGAUGUUCCAGCUAUACUCCACCAUGCUAUUCUGCCAGUGUAAAGUCUGUGAAAGCUUAAGCUACAAAAUGAUCACGUUUUUAUAAAAUAUUAGUCAACAUUUUUAGAUUGUCAACAUGAAAACGUGUUUUGAGCAUGAGGGGCAGUGUAAAUGAACAGUGUCAAUACAUAAGAAAAAAUCUGAUUACGCUUUUGGAGAAUCUGCUUUAUUCAAAUACCUUUCCAUAAAUUUGCAUUGCAGAGGAAGAUUAAACACCUUGCAUCAAAUGCAAAAUAGUUCUUAAACAUAAAAAAACAGACCACGCUACAAUACUUAGAUUUUUCAGAGGAAAACUUAAUUCCAACAAAACACUGGCAAGGUGAGAUCCGUAGUAAAACUAUGUAAAACACCAUCAAACUAUGUAAUUUCAUUAAAAAUGGAAAUAAGCUGCACAUAAAAUAACGUUAUAAUCUCUAAAUGUAAAUUCUUUAACUUGCUGCUCAUGUGAUUGUUAAUCGCUAAUAUUUGCGCGUUCUCUGCACGACUCGCAUGAGUGACCAAAAAGAAACGAAAUGGUUAAGUUAAUUUAAAUAUUAUAGUUUAAUGACAGCGAUAUAUCUCUGGAUAAUAAAUCAAGCUAUCACAGCUGUCUCAUUGGCUGUGUAAGAAUAUGAUAUGUGUGAGUCCACAUAUAGGGCAGGUGAUAUGCCUGUACAGCCACCUGUGCAGAUUUGUGUAUAAGCACACAUUUAUUUGCUCAGAUAAUGUUUGCAAAACAUAUUACCUUGUUUUACAUUUUGCUUUUUUUCUUCACUUUGUUCAUGGGCAGCUUUAUGAUUUUUUUAUUAUUACCAUAAUGUUUAGCCUCUUGAUAUGAUAUGCUUGUAAAUUCACAUUAAGAGCACUGUGCCAUUUUGUCUUUUUGUACUUUUAGUUUAAAGAUACAUUUUAUUUACAGUUUAUUUAGUUUAAUGUUCACAUUGACUAAUAAUUCACUGUGAAUUUGAUUUUAAAUGAUGUUUUUGCAUUAUUUUACAUUAUAGCUAAAUGAGAAAUGGCCAUUUCAAAGGGAGUGAAUACCAUGGAAACUACAGUUCACCGUUUACUAGAUGUUGUGCUUUAAAUGCUUAAAAAUCACCUAGACGUUCACUUAAAUGAAAAAUGGCUGCUUUCUGCUAAAGCAGGCUUGCAAUCUCACACUGUGUAAACUCACAAACCCACUGGGUUCUUUUGGAUACAAUGAAUACAGUGUAACUGCUUUUGCCAUUAUGCACAUACAAAAAAACGAUUUGCAAAUGUAUUUCAAUCAAUGCCAAGUACUAACAGCCAAACUGUCACCCAAUAAAAAGUGUGUAUUUCAAAGAA